AAAAGAAGAAAAUGGAUAUAAAUGUGAUUAUAAGACAAAAGAAAAUAGAGAUAAACUGGUAAUGGUACAAUUUGCUGCUGAUAAUUUCAACACUGGAAAUGAUAUACAUCCAAAACAGAUUACAAACAGAAUAUGUGUUGAACUUACAUACUACUACCAGUCAACAGUCAAAAAACAAAAUCAACAAGAAAAAAAACCAACAUGCUAUACUGAAAAUUCAGGGAAUGAAACUAAUUCAUCAGAUUUAGAAUAUACAAAAAAACUUAAGAGACAACAAAAAUCAAGGUUAAAGCAAAAAGCGAACUAUGACAAUACAUUUAGAAGUAAUAUUAUUAUAUCUUCUUUAAAUGAAAAUAUACCAAGUCCAGCUUAA